AUGUUUUAAUUCGAUGUUUAUAAUCCAUAAUUGUUUGCGUAAUAUGACUUUAAACUUCCAACAGAAUUCUUUUAGCAAAAAGUUGAUAAGAGUUUAUAUUAUGUUGGAGACAAUGAAUUAUAUUUCAAUUGUACAUGUAUCAUUCUAGAAAUGUGUCAAUUUUAAAGCCCUAAUGAUUUCAGGAUAUCUUGGUAUUAGUCAGUUGCAGACUUUAGAUAUGAUCCAGAUGUAACUUUUUUCGCACCUUCAUUGUCUUAAUUCAUCUUUGACCCUUCUUGA